CCUGAGACGAAAGACUGCGGCGUGGCUCCUUAAUCGUGGGAACGUCGCCUCGCUCAGCCGCCAGAGAAUCUUCAUUUCCCCUUCGCGUUUGGAUCUUCAAAAAAUCGAUAGAUCCCUCUUCUCGAGUCUCUAAAUCUAGGGUUUUGUCGGUUCUCGUAAAUCUUUCCGUGUCAAAGUUCUCCGAUUUCUGGGUUUUCUCGGGAUAAUCUCGGAAGGGUCUGUAUUGGAUGAUGGAGUUGAUGAAAUCGACGGGAAAUCUGAAACCGGAGCUCGAAACGGCGACCAAGUGCCGGGACGAGUUUCCGGUGAAGCUGGAGAUCGCCGAGGAUUUUCUGGAAGAAGAAUACGGUGCCCUCAGCAAGCGAUCCAAGAUUUAUCCUUCAUUUCAUCAGGAGACAUAUAGCAUUGACACAAUGGCGUUUCCUUUGCAAACGACACAAUAUAACCCGCUCGAUGAGCCGAGUCCUCUGGGUCUGAGCUUGAGGAAGAGUCCAUCUUUCUUGGAUUUGAUUCAGAUGAGACUCGCUCAAGGUGGUAAGAAAAACAGUAAAUCUGCCUCUUCUGAGGCGGGUCCUUCCCUAGGAGCUGCAGAGAAGCUUAAAGCUUCCAACUUUCCCGCUUCAUUUUUAAGGAUUGGCCAGUGGGAGUAUAAAUCUCGGUAUGAAGGUGAUUUGAUUGCAAAGUGUUACUUUGCGAAACACAAACUUGUUUGGGAAGUGUUACAGCAUGGUCUUAAGAGCAAAAUCGAGAUCCAGUGGUCAAAUAUUAUGGCUUUGAAGGCAAACUGUCCAGACGAUGAACCUGGAACACUGACUGUUGUGCUCGCUCGGCAGCCUCUCUUUUUCAGGGAAACAAACCCUCAGCCUAGAAAGCAUACUCUAUGGCAAGCUGCCUCGGAUUUUACUGAUGGCCAAGCCAGCGUUCACAGACAACAUUUUCUGCAAUGUCCACAAGGGUUACUGGACAAACAUUUCGAGAAGCUUACUCAAUGUGAUCAUCGGCUGUUCCAUCUUAGCCGACAACCGGAGAUAAUUCUGGAUUCCCCCUACUUCGAGGCAUGGCAAUCUGUUUUCGAGGAUCCAGCUGAAUCAAAAGGUCAUACUUUUGGGCAAUCGGAACUCAGCAAGGGGCAUUCUAUCUCUGGUUCUCAGAGUUUAGCAUCGCCAGUUGCAGAUCAGUCAUCAUCUGAACACGUCUCUCAUGAUGCACCAUCUCCUAGCUCAGUCAUAGACGCUCAUGCAAAUGAAGGGAACGGAGCUGCAGAAGCAGUUGAUUCAAGGAAUACGAGGGAUUGGGAUCAGAUAAAAGUACCCGGAUUACGUCAAUCUAUAUCAGUGAGCGAUUUCAUGAAUCACCUCGAGCAAUAUAUAUCGGAUCCGGCCCCUGGAAAUGAAUCAGAACGACGAGAGAUACGAGACAUUGCUCAGCACCUGUUCAGCGAGACCCAAUUAACCACAUUGUCUGACGAGAAGUCGCUCAUGUCGAGGGUGAAUUCUCUUUGCUGCCUUCUGCAGAAAGAUGGAAUCACAGCCGCAAACUCGCAGCUCAACGAGGAAAGUGCGGGCUUUCCCGGAAAAUAUUCCCAACCAAACGGUCUGAAAGGGGUUCUUCAUGAUAGAGGAACCCGAGAUGAGCGUAAAGUUUCUGAUCCCGAGGCAACAGAAGAUGCUUCCGGCAGCAAGUCCCCGGCCCGGGGCAUGCAAAGGAUAGAUUCAUACAACGAAAUUCUAUUACAGCUUCCGAGGAUUGCAUCUCUCCCACAGUUCUUGUCCUUCAUUGCAGAAGAUGAUGGUGAUGGACACAGUAGGUAGCGUUUUAUUCUCAGAUUAUGGCUAAGUGUAGGAUCUGAGAUGUAGUUUGUUUGUGCUCAAUGUAAAUCAUGUUUAUUGCUAUUCGCAUUUAAACCUAAAAGAUGCACAGAGGGUUUGGAGAAUAUAGGCCUUGAUGAUGAAUCCUUAUAGUGCAUUUCCAUGUUUUCCCCUCAAAUAAUAUGAAUAAUUUUACA